AUGCCUCCUAAGCGUGACGCGCGGCCCGCGAACCUGGCUGCAUUCAUGAGCAGGCUGCCGAAGAAAGUCAAGAGCUCUAUUCUCUCCGAAUCCUUGGGAGCCCACCUCAACGGCGCGAAUGAGUUCAACACGAUCAAGGAGCAGCAGGAGAAGACCAAGGCGCUCAUCUCUGCGGCGGAACAGGUUCAGAAAGAACCGGAGCCGAAGUCGGAGAAGAAGAAGUCGAAGGUUGAGAAGAUGGAAGACGAGCUCCGGUCCACAGGCUGCUACACCACCAUGAAGGACGAGGGCAACAUCAUGCCAAUUUCCGAAUUCUACCGUGAUAGGCCGCGUUCUGCAUUCAAGACUGAAGAGGAGUACCGCGACCGGUGGACGCCCCGUCGCUCACCUCCGCCUCCUGAGAUUCCGCGCUCUUUGCCAGAGGGCUAUUGGCCAAACGCCGGUGACAUUCGUCUUACGAGCGAGGAGAUUCGCCGAAAGAUCUGGGGAGAGCCUCUGCAAGGCUACCCGGAUAUCUACAUCAAGAAUAGGCAGGACCAGGAGCCGGUGCUCGUAUACGAGGGCUUCCCACAACGUGCGCUCGCGCGGCUGAGCACAUGCGUGCACCGAAGAAGCUAUGGCCCAGAUAAUAUGCGCAAGAAGGACAGCGACUACACGCGCUAUCGGUCCAUGACCUUCUCCGGCUGCCAUCCAAGUGGAAUGAAGAUGGCCCUGGAGUUUGUCCGGGACAUGUACAUCGAAACCCGCGUCAGUCCUCCCAUACAUGAAGGAGGUCCUCCACAAGGUGGAGUAAUUAUGCAACCCAUGAAAAUCGAGAGCCCACACGAUGCGAUGAACAUCUACCACGCUGGCUGCGUCCUUGGAAUUGACCGCUACUUGUUCCCUCUCCGUCAGCGCAUUUGCAAGGACAUCGUCGCCACAAUGUAUCAAGUUGAUGGCAAGAACACGAUCCAGUCAGGCCACUUCCUCUGGCUCGCGAUCUCCACCUCUCGCAUCCGCGAGGACGACACUUUGGGUACGCGGAAUCACAGCAACGAUCCGGUGUGGAAGUGCAUUGUCGCAAAUGCAGUGAAGUUGCGGAAGGAGGGCAGAUUCCACGAUGCACGCCUGUAA